AUGCCAGCAAUUCGUGAUUUCAGUGGACGGGUAGUUCUGAUCACAGGCUCGAGUGGUGGCAUCGGAGCCGUGACUGCAACAGAAUUCUCUAAAUCUGGAGCUCAGGUCGUGAUCACCGGUAGAAACGCUAAAAACUUGUCAGAUGUCGGCAAAGAGUGUCUGAAAGUAUCACCGAAAGGGUUGAAAGCACUGGAAGUGGUGGCAGACGUUAGAUUGAAAGCACUGGAAGUGGUGGCAGACGUUAGUAAAGACGAUGACUGCAAACGACUCAUUGAUUCGACAAUAAAAUCAUUUGGAAAACUGGAUAUUCUGGUGAAUAACGCGGGAUAUGGAGUGGCCUACUCUAUAACUGAUGCCAAUAUUCUGGACAAAUAUGACGGCGUUAUGGCCACUAACCUGCGGUCAGUCGUAUAUUUGACUCAUUUGUCUGUCGAGCACUUGGAGAAGACUAAGGGAAAUAUAAUCAACAUUUCCAGUGUUGCGGGACUUAAACCGAUUCGUGGAAUGGCAUUGUACUGUAUGUCUAAAUGUGCCAUGGACAUGUUCACUAAGUGCUUGGCACUCGAAUUGGGACCCAAAGGCAUACGAGUGAAUGUCAUCAAUCCCGGUGCUGUGAAGACUAACUUCGGGCCGGCAAUGGGUAUGUCACAACAACAAUACGAUCAAGUGUUAGAAGAUAGGGCUAAGUCAUUCCCAUUGAGAAGAGUGGGUCAGUCCAUAGACAUCGCGAAUAUCAUUCUCUUCUUGGCUUCGGACGAGUCUUCGUUUGUGACCGGAAUCAAUGUGGUGGCCGAUGGCGGGGGGUCUUAAUGCACCCGUUUCUGGCAAUUUCGGACAAAACAAAUAGUCUAUUUUAAUAUCACUUUAUUUUUCAAAUAUUUAACAAAUUAUGAAUCAAUUUUCACAGUUAUUUAAAUGAUUACUAAAAUUGAACAGCAC